AUCUCGUUCCCUUCAGUGUGGAUACAGUAUCCUGAGUUCUGCCACGAUGCUUCGCCACGCGUUGCGCUCUGGGAAUGCUGCUGUAUUUGGUCAUAAUGGUCUCCUGACUGCUCCCACUAGAGGUCUCGCUUCCUCUGCUACCUCGCAUGAAUACGACUACGUCAUCGUCGGCGCAGGUUCCGCUGGUUGUGUGCUUGCUAAUCGACUGAGUGCCGAUCCUAGCAACAAGGUGCUGCUGGUGGAGGCUGGCCCUAGCGACCGCAAUCGAUGGGACUCCAUCCUGAUUGAGAUGCCAGCCGCCGUCCCAAUUAACCUCACGGAUGAACGGUACAACUGGAAUUACUUCACGGAGCCACAGGAGUUCCUGAACAACCGACGCAUCGGAUUCCCUCGUGGUCGAGUGCUCGGUGGUUCGUCAUCUAUCAAUGCCAUGGUGUACACUCGUGGUAAUGCCAAGGACUACAACGACUGGGAGGCGAACGGUGCUGAAGGAUGGAGCUACGCGGCUUGCUUGCCGUACUUUAAGCGAUCACAGAGCCACCAGCUCGGUGGAGACGACUACCGUGGUGGUGAUGGCCCACUUCAUGUAGUGAGGAACACACAGAAGGACCAGCCACUUUUCCAGGCAUUCCUCGAUGCUGGUGUUGAGGCUGGUUAUCCUUUCACGGCGGACUUGAAUGGAUAUCAACAAGAGGGUGUGGGUUGGCACGACUUGACUAUUCAUGAGGGCAAACGAUGGAGCACGUCGGCUGCUUUUCUACAUCCCGUAAUGGACCGUGAGAACUUGACAGUUGUGACGGAUACAUUCGUGAACAAAUUGAUGUUUGAAGACAAGAAGGUGGUUGGUAUUGAGGUGGAGCACAACAAGACCAAGGCGAUAUCCAAGAUUUUGUCUGGCAAGGAGGUGAUUCUCUCAGGUGGAGCUAUCAACACUCCGCAACUUCUAAUGCUCUCGGGUGUGGGUGACGCAGACCAUCUCAAAGAAGUCGGAGUGCCUCUCGUACACCACCUCCCUGCUGUAGGAAAGAACAUGGAGGAUCAUAUCGGUCUUAACCUGCAAUUCGCUUGUAAACAACCUGUCACAUUGUACCAUGCAACCAAGCGCUUCCCUGGUAAAGUACUCAAGAUUGGCUACGAAUGGUUGACGUCCAAGACUGGACCAGGCGCUAGUUCACACUGCGAAGUGGGCGGAUUCAUCCGAACUGCACCAGGUAAAUCUCAGCCGGAUCUGCAGAUCCAAUUCAGUCCCAGCGCAGUGGACGAACACUAUCAGUUGCGUGAGAUUGGUCAUGCCAUGAGUGGACACAUUUCACUCAUGCGCGGCUCGCGGGAUGGCACAAUCAAGUUGCGUAGUGCAAACCCACGCGAGCAUCCUAUCAUCGAUCCGAAGUACAUGGCUGAGGAAGAGAGCCGCGUCACACUUCGAGAAGGCGUCAAGUUGACGCGCGAGAUCUUCGCGCAGAAUGCGUUUAAGGAGUUCUGCGGCGAGGGGAUUUCUCCUAAGGAAAGUGUUCAGUCGGACGACGAGAUUGACGCGUGGGCUCGCAAAUAUGCGGCCACGGAAUUCCAUGUGUCGUGUACGGCGCGUAUGGGCAUGGACGACAACUCUGUGGUUGAUGCGCAGACUCGUGUCCAUGGACUAGAAGGUCUGCGUAUUGUGGACGCGUCUAUCAUGCCGAACAUUGUGAGCGGCAACACGAAUGCGCCUGUGAUCAUGAUCGCCGAGAAGGCCGCUGAUAUGAUUCUAGGCAAACCUGCAUUGCCGAAGGACAAUGUGCCGGUGUACCAAGCCAAGAAUUGGCACACCAGCCAGCGAUAAUUGUAAAUUUCGAGGGGAUGGACACCAAAGUUGCACCUACACUUUUUGUUUACGGUUAUAGUUUGUACAAUACAUGUACUAAUUUGGAAAC